GUGGAAAAAGCCAGCUCUCGUAUGAAGCAGCUGAAGCGUCAGCUGGAGGAGGCCGAGGAGGAGGCCACCCGGGCCAACGCCUCGCGCAGGAAACUGCAGAGAGAGCUGGACGACGCCACCGAGGCCAGCGAGGGUCUGAGCCGCGAGGUUCACACACUCAAGAACCGCCUCAGGCGCGGCGGCCCCAUCAGCUUCUCCUCCAGCCGCUCGGGCAGACGCCCCCUUCAGGUGGAGGGAACCUCCUUGGACCUCCUGUCCGACGACGAGCUGGAAAACAAGAUCACCGACAACAAUGCCAACGAGACGCCGGCGCCCCAGCCGGAGUAGACGAGGGAAGGCGUUAACUUUUCCCCUCCCAUCCACGAAUCAUCUCUCAGCCCUAAAAAUACUCCUCCCAGCUUGAAUAGGGACCCUCCGCUCCACGUCUGUAUAGAUCUAAACUCUCCAAACACACGCAGCAUGAAAACAUCGUGUCCCUGAACCUUAGCAGACACCAGCAGUUGGACCGCCAACGCUCUCGUAACCCCCCCACCCAAGUAAGAAGCACUACUUUGCCUUACCCCCCCCCCCCCGAGCUGCAGGGCUGCAUAACACAAUAGCAACUCCCAUCACGAGUCACAACUUCAGCAACCUGAAAGAGACACGAGCUGCGUCGCAGUUAGAAGUGCUUUACCUCAAAAAGCACAAAAACACAAACGAGAAAAUGUGGUCAACUAAAAAAAAAUACCCGCACACACGUUAGAUGAACGUUCUGAUUGAGCUCGUGCUUCGGUGAGUGUGUUUGGAUGAUAAUUAGCCUGUGAAAUAAAGAUGGACGAUGUGACGGCUCCC